UUGGGCAUCUCCUUCACGGUGUGGUUCACACUUCUUCUGGUGUUCAUCAUCGUACCUGCAAUCUUCGGUGUGUCCUUUGGGAUCCGCAGACUGUAUAUGAAGUCCCUCAUCAAGUUAUUUGAGAAAUGGCGAAACCGUGGUCUGUUCUUGAUACUCAAGGAUCCUCUUUUUGGAACUAACAGCAAGUAUCACAGAUUUCACAUACUUUGUCUAGCGUGACACAAAUCACUAGGUCUAAUGCAUGACUUAAUGCUAAAGAUUUGUAUCCUUACUUUGUGAUUAAGAUGCAUCAAUGAUAAUUUUGUAAUCACAUUGUUUUUCUAAAUGAAGAUUAAAAUCCUGAGGUGCCUAAAUUUUCCUAAUCGUUGCAAUCAUUUGUUUAUGUAAUGCAUGUUGGUAAGGGCUCUGUGCGUGACCUAAAAUAGAUUCGGAUGAUUUCCUAUGGUGUCACUCCCCUCUCAUCCAUCUGGACUGAUGUAGUCUCUCUUUCUGACCCUCUCCAGACUUCUUAAGAAACUCCAGAUGGCUGUUUUCCAGUGACUAACUUGUGCUCCGCUGUCCUGUGACCCUGAACAGGGGAGCGAGAUUUAGUCUGACAAACAGCUUGACUGUUCACUCUUUCCCUGUCCCGACCUUCCUGAGUCACAGCAUCAUCAGCGCCCGCGAGAGUCGCUGGUUACUUUAAUAGCACUCGGUGCUCAGCUGCUGUCCUUGCUUGGCUAAUCCACUUUAAUGAUCCCUAAGGGAAAAUUCAGAUGCAGCAACAUCAAAUGUUGUGUACAAGUGCAGUGGGCGACCUUAAGAAUGGAACGAGGAGCUAAGGAGAAGAAUCAGCAUCUCUACAAACCCUACAGCAAUGGGAUUAUUGCUAAAGAGCCAGUGUCCCUCGAACAGGAGAUCCAGGAAAUGAAGCGUGGUGGUGCAGAGCCUGAGUUUGAAAUGUCUGACAUCUUCUACUUCUGCCGGCGAGGUGUGGAGAGCAUCGUCGAUGACGAAGUGACCAAGCGCUUCACAGCAGAGGAGCUGGAGUCCUGGAACCUGCUGACCCGAAGCAACUACAACUUCCAUCACAUCAGCACCAGGCUCACGGCACUCUGGGGAGUGGGAGUGCUCAUCCGAUAUGGGUUUCUCCUGCCACUCAGGGUCACGCUUGCUUUCACCGGUGUCGGUCUUCUCGUAGUUCUGACGUCAAUCGUUGGCCUGCUGCCAAAUGGAAGGAUGAAGAAUUAUCUCAGUGACCAGGUUCAUCUGAUGUGUUACCGGAUCUGUGUAAGAGCCCUCACGGCCAUCAUCACCUACCAUGAUAGUGAAAAUAAACCCAAAAAUGGAGGAAUCUGUGUGGCCAAUCACACCUCACCUAUCGACGUCAUCAUUCUGGCCAGUGACGGGUGCUACGCUAUGGUGGGUCAGGUCCAUGGGGGUCUGAUGGGGGUCAUCCAGAGGGCGAUGGUGAAGGCCUGUCCUCACAUCUGGUUUGAGAGGUCUGAAGUGAGGGACCGACACCUAGUGGCCAAACGAUUAAGUGACCACGUUGCAGACACGAGCAAACUACCAAUCCUCAUAUUCCCAGAGGGAACUUGUAUUAACAACACUUCAGUCAUGAUGUUCAAGAAGGGAAGCUUUGAGAUCAGCUGCACUGUUUACCCCGUCGCUAUAAAGUAUGACCCUCGUUUUGGUGAUGCGUUCUGGAACAGCAGCAAGUUUGGGAUGGUGAACUACCUGCUGCACAUGAUGAGCAGUUGGGCCAUAGUGUGUAGCGUCUGGUACCUUCCACCAAUGAGCCGCAUGGCUGGGGAGGACGCUGUGCAGUUUGCCAAUAGGGUCAAAGCAGCCAUCGCUAGAAAGGGAGGACUGGCAGACUUGUUAUGGGAUGGUGGUUUAAAACGAGGGAAAGUUAAAGAAGUUUUCAAGGAGGAGCAGCAGAAACUUUAUAGCAAGGUUUUAGUGGGCAGCAGUGAAGACCGCAGUCGCUCUUGAAGAGAUGCAGCUGUCUGCUUGACUUUACACAUGCUGCUCGGUGCUCACAGCGAGAGUCUGGACCCUCAGCGGAUGCAGUGCGGCCCUAAACUGGCCCCUUCCUGAUCCUGCUCAGACUGAACUGAUUAAGUCAUUGUGAGUUGGAGGGAAAACUGUGUUGCCAGACCCUCAACCCACUGCUGUGCCUCAGCUUUUGCAACAUUGCACGAAAGUGUCUGUGGAGGUCAAUUCCUGGGCUGACUGUGAUUUCUGUUUGGAGUGAGAGUUACACAAGGCACACUUGAGAGAAUUUUGUUUUUCUUUCAGUCUGUUACAGUUUUGAAGAUUAGUGUUGUUACUAAUAAUGCAUGAUGUCCCAGGAAAAUGUGGAAAGAGUUUGAAGUGAUUUAUUUAAGCUUGUAAAAAAAAAAAACUUGAGUUGAAAGUAUGCUGUGUGUAGAACUUGUGUUUGUAGAACCACGAAACCAAGAUCUGUUACGUGUUUAGCUGCUCUGCGGUCAUCUCGUGUGCUGAUUGUUCUUUUAAUAAAAUGUUUCUUUAAACAUUGA